CGGCCUGCUUCAGGGCUCACCUGACCACAGGGCCCCUGCCCGGGACUGCGCCACUAGCAAAGAAGCCACCAUCUUCCCACCGCCAGCACCAGGCCACCAGCUCAGACACUUGCCCCUUCGGGGGCACCAGCCUCCAGGUCUCACUGGAGCCCAGGGCUGUUUGGCUGGUAUGUGCCACAGGCUGUUCACUCAUUUCUGUUUUGCUGCAAUAAAACCCACAGGGACCAUCCUCUGUGAAGGGGCUGGCAGUUUGGGCUUUAGGGAGUCAUCUCAGCAGCAUCAGCAUGUCCCGGCCAAGCAGCAGAGCCAUUUACUUGCACCGGAAGGAGUACCUGCAGAAUAUCGCCUUAGAGCCCACCCACCUGCAGCACAGAGUGGAGCACCUGAUGACAUGUAAGCUGGGGACACAGAGAGUCCAAGAGCCCAAGGAUGUUCUGCAGAAGCUGCAGGAGAUGGACGCUCAGGGCCGGGUGUGGAGCCAGGACUUGCUCCUGCAGGUCAGGGAUGGCUGGCUCCAACUGCUGGACAUCGAGACCAAGGAGGAGCUAGAGUCCUACCGCCUGGACAGCAUCAAGGUCAUGGACGUGGCACUCAACACUGGCUCCUACAACUCUGUCCUGUCCAUCACCGUGCAGGAUUCGGGCCUGCGAGGCACUAGCACUCUGCUUUUCCAGUGCCAGGAAGUGGGGGCAGAGCGACUGAAGACCAGCCUGGAGAAAGCUCUGGAGGAGGAGCUAGAGCAAAGGCCCCAGUUUGGAGCCCUUCGCUCAGACCAGGACCGGUGGAGGGGGCCUCCUCUGGAAAGGCCGCUCCCUAAGGAGCCGGCGCCUCCUCUGGAGUGGGGACCCCCUCCCAAACAGCACUACUUGAUGGGCCCAGAGCAUGACACCCCACCAUCAUCUCCGAGGCCCCUGCCAUUCCGCACCAGCGUCCGAGAGUCAAGCACCUUCUUGCUGUCUCCUUCAAGGAGGUCCCCAUCCCCUGAGGACCCAAAAUGGGAUAAGGAGGUGCUGGACCAUGUCCUAAGGGACAUCGAGAUGUUUGUGGGGAAGCUGGACGAGGCCCAGUCAAAGACUAGUCGUAAGAAGAAGAAUCACAGGAAGAAAAAUAAAAAGAAUAAGGGAGAGAUAACAGAGGAACAUUACAUCGACUGCUUCCAGAAGAUCAAGUACAGCUUCAACCUCCUGGGAAGGCUGGCCACCAGGUUGCAGGAUACAAGUGCCCCUGAGUUUGUACACAUCAUCUUCAAAAUUCUGGAGUCCAUCCAGACCCAGUGCCCUGAAUCUGGCCUAGCAGCCCGAGUGAUCUCACCCCUCCUCACCACCAAGGCCAUCGAGCUGCUGCAGUCCUGUCUAAGCCCAUCAGAGAAUAACCUCUGGAAAGGGCUGGGGACAGCCUGGACCACCAGCCAGGCCAACUGGACAGGCAGCGAGCCCCCGCCCUACCAACCCACAUUCUAUGAUGGUUGGCAGCUUCCAGAAACUUCCUACCAGGCGCUCUCAAGAUACCAAGACGCUACUUCCAUCCGCCCUAGGUUAAGGAGCACCUCGCAGUUUGCUCAAGAGGAGACACACAACCAUGGCCCCAGCCCUGUACCCUCCAGACCCGGAUCUGUCAAGCCAGCCCUGAAAAUGCAAGUCCUCUAUGAGUUUGAAGCUAGGAACCCACAGGAACUGACAGUGGUCCAGGGAGAGGUACUGGAGGUUCUGGACCAGAGCAAGCGGUGGUGGCUGGUGAAGAAUGCAAGGGGACAGAGUGGCUAUAUCCCCAGCAACAUCCUGGAGCCCCUAGAGUCGGGAGCCAGCAGGAGUCAGAGCGAGUCACCCACUCGGGCUCCGAUGCUUCGACUUAGCUCAAGGCCUGAGGAGGUCACAGCCUGGUUACAGGGAGAGAACUUCUCCACUGUCACCGUGAAGACCCUUGGGUCCAUGACGGGGAGCCAGCUGCUUCACAUGAGACCUGGAGAGCUACAGAUGCUGUGUCCACAGGACGCCCCCCGGGUCCUGGCACGGCUGGAGGCUGUCAGAAGGAUGCUGGGGAUAAGCCCUUAGGCAGCAAUUCAGACACCUCCAAGACCAAGACUUUCUCACAAGCAAGAUGGCGGAUCUGAUACUCUUUAGAGCCCUGAGAAUUCCUCUUCCAAGCCCCCAGGUUGCAGCAAACCCCACACCCCAGCUCACACAGCAAAGAGGAUGAACAAGACCAGAGGCCGAGACAAACCGUGCCCCUUCUCGCUGUGUGGAGAGGUCUCCCCAGUUGCCACCUAUUUAUUGCAUCUCUCUCCUGAGCUUAGAGCAUUUAUGCUUAGAUUUGUCAGGACUCUGUUUAGACCCUCUCCUCCCCAAUAAAGGUAUCCUCAAGCUUGU